CCAACGCCUCCGACUCGCGGCCGGUUGGUCUCCAGGACAACCGCCGUUGGACGCCGGAGACUGGCGCCCGGCGCCAUGACCGCGCAGCGGCCGCCGGGCCCACUCUAUUUCCCACAGUUCCACGACGGCACCGAGCCCAUCCGCCCCCCAGCCGACGGCGGCGCCAUGCAGACUUAUUUCGCGGACAUGGGCUGGCAGCGACAGCCCCCGCCGGCCGCAACUGGGAUACCCCGCUGGGCUGCGGCACUGGCGCCUAUCGCCUACGAGCCGCUGCGGUUCUUCUGCCCGGCUCCUGCUGCGGAGGAGGGCAGGGGCGGGUCCGCGACGCGGCGGCCCGGAGAGCAGGAUCGGCUGGAGGACGAGAUCACCGAGCUGGGCAUCCGCCUCAAGGAGCUGGAUCUGAUGGUCCUCGUCGGCGAGGGCUUUGACGCCCAGCAGUAUAAACUUCUGAAGGCACAGAGGGAAGAAAAGAUAGAACGCAUGAAAGCAAAGCAGAAGCUGAAGAAAUAGCCUCCACCGCAGUGAAGAUUAUUUCAGCUGGAUAUUCUAGCACUGUAUCACCACAGAGUAUUUUACUGGAUCUUCAAUAUUAUUUUUCUACUUGUUAUAUGCUGUUCUCCUACAAAAUUAAAAAAUACAGUAUAUUUUCCUGCUGAG